CGUCGAUCCGGAUUCCAACCUCUGAUAUUUCUCAGUUUUCUGCCGGACAACCUUGGACAACCAAACGUGGUAUUUAGCAUAGGGUGCGAGUUGCAACGAUUGUCCAGUGACGUGUUGCCUCAGCUCUCACACACACAAGCCACAUAGGACAUUUCGCACAUAGUUUGAUAUUUUGGGAAGUAAUACAUAUUUACAUCUUACUUGAGACCAGCACCUUCCCUCUCUUCCUUAACACCGCAACAUCCUUCGGCACCCCGGCCGCAGGCUGGGUUCGGCUAUUGCCUAGGUGGAUUCGACAGUGAACCUAUUCAUUGUCCACUUGUAACUCUCUUUUAUACCAGAGCCAUCAUCGAACGGUUACUACCGGCUCCUUCGAUCAUUCUAACCUUUCCUGGUUUUUGUCUUCGGCGAAUCGAUUUGGACUUCCAAAGGAUAUCAGGAACAUGUUUUGCAAGAUAAUCUUACUCGGCUUAGCGUUGAUCGCGCAUCCUGCAAUUGGGGGGCUUCCAAAAACUUGCAAGUAUGGCACAAACCUUGGUGGUUGGCUGGUGAGUGAGCCUUGGAUGAAACCAGUCGAGUGGGCUGCAAUGGGGGGUGAAUAUUGUCCCAAAGAUAGCUCGUCGUGUGCCGCAAGUGAAUGGGGUCUUGCUCGCAAGUUAGGACAACAGCUCGCCAACGAGUCCUUUCUGAAACAUUGGCAAUCUUGGUUCAAUCAGGAUCAUGUUGAUCGGCUCAAGGCUUUAAAUCUGGAUCACGUUAGGAUCCCUCUCGGUUUCUGGAUCGUCGAGGAGCUCGUGGAGGCCCCAGCUGAGCUAUAUGCUCAAGGUGGCUGGAUGGAACUGAAGAGAGGACUCCGCCAACUUCGCGACGCCGGCUUCCAUGUAACACUCGACAUGCAUGCGCUGCCUGGAGUAUCAACUUCGAAUCAGAUGUUUGCAGGAAACGUCACUUCAGACGUCCAAUUUUACAAAGAUCACAACUACCAGCGGGCUCUUACUUGGAGCGCCGUACUGACAUCCAUGUCUCAUCUGGAUCCUGACUUCUCCAGUGUUGUGGCCAUCCAAUGCAUCAAUGAGCCUCUGACUGACGCGAACCUUACCCCAGGGUUAGAACAGUAUUACUCGGAUUUCGUUACCGUCACUCGCGUCAUUGAAUAUGCCAUCGGCGUUGAAUGUGAGGUCGACCUUCGAGAGUCGAUUUAUCGACUUUCCCAAAGUAAAAAUAGCAUGGCAGCCCUACAUGCAGCAAUGCCUUUGAUUGUGACUUAUGCAAGCAAAGCGAACAUUGUCAUAGACCCAAAGGUCCUUGAUGCAUUGAAGAGUUUUUUAUUACGUCCAAGUCCUGUAGCAACAGCCCCAUCACCUGUGGAAACAACAAUCAUCCCCGCGACACGAAGAUCAAUAACCUCUGCCCCGGCCGUUUCAACCAAAGGCAGCUUGGCGUGUCAAUCAUCCCAAAGGAAUGCAGUCAACAACGCACAUCUCAAGUGCUCAAGAAGUUUAACUCCCAGGUCCUGCUUGGCUACAAUGGCUAUGCCAAAGAGAUGGCAAUGGAAAGGAGAGGCCAACUCAAUGGCAAACCACACCCUGGGGCCAGCAGCCUACGACGAUCACCUUUACUAUGCGUACGGUGGAGUAGCCGAACCAAAUAUCAAAUCGUACGUAUCAACAAUGUGCACUCAGCAAGAUCUCCAGACAGCAAAGAAAAACGGAGAAGAACCAUAUGGUCAUGGCGAGUUUUCACUUGCUGUGAAUUUCAACGCGACUCAUGAUGACCUGCGAGCAUGGGGAGAUGCACAAAGAUUCAAGUACAAUCAGGACCACUAUUGGACAUUUUGGACUUUCAGAUUGGGACAAGUGUUGGAGCCAAAUCUUACUCAAAGCUAUACAGAAACUUGGUCUUACUUCGGAGCAGUCGAUGCUGGAGUAUGGCCGAGAGAUCCAUCACAAUACUUCAAUCCCUCCAUAUGCACACCUUUCCUCAAUUCCACAGACAAUUCAAGCAAGGUUCAGCUUCCCGAUACACACCUCAAUCAAGCAAAACGUGAUUAGAUAUUCGAGGGAGAGAGACUUUCACAUCCCCCAAAUAUACCCCCGCUGUCUAUGCAGCUCGACUGGACAACUGCUUAUUGAUUUGAUCCCUUUCACUAAAGAAGAAACAAUCAUUUGCUGUCGUUACUCAGUAGAGAGUAGCAUUCACCCAUUUGUCAGUUCAAUGUGUAUUUUCAAUGUUUUUUUUUUUCAAAGGAAUUCAAUUAUCCCAUAAUGUGAUAGCGUGGAUGUUUUCCCUUGCACAUAAUAUGCAAACAAAUUCAAACUUUAUUGCGGAC